AUGGACGGUUCAUCUCCGCCAGUUACGUCCCGCCGCGCUGCAAGUGACUUGCACCGCAAUGACGGGGACAAUGCAAGGGACCGGAGCUACUCGUGCUUCCUGGACGAGUGUUGCGAGGAGAAGCUGAGGAACCAGAAGUGGUGUGGCACGCACAAGCGUGCCUAUGCGGCCAUGUAUGCCCAGGCCAAGAAGAAUGGGCAGCUUGCAGAGUUCACGGAAACCAUGGCGGAUGAGGCACGCUGCAAGCUGGCCAUGCGGGACUAUUGCAUGAAGAACCCCACCAGUGCAAAAUGGGCCCGCAAGCGGGUCAUUGACUUCAGCGCGUACUCGCAAAGUGUUGGGAGGCGUGACUACGACGGCGACAUGGAUGGCGAUUGCCCGAUGACCCAACUGGAAUUUUUGCAUUGGGCGCAAAACACCAAAAGGGUUACAGCGUCCGGUGCCAAUAGCUGGUGGUCGGAGAUUGAGCAGUCCAACGCAAAGCGUGACAAGAAGGGUCGGGAUGCACAGGGGAAACUUGGUGAGCUGAGGCUUUGGAUUCCUGGGGCAGCAGAGAUGCAUGAGAGAAAGAAGGGUCGCUUCGCAACGGCCGCUGUGACUGAGAGCAGCAGAGCGCACAAGAACAUGGAUGCAACUGCGCUUGCUGAGCUGAAAGACUUCACGCGCCAGCGAGCAUUGGACGAGGACUUUCUCCGUGGCAAUCGUUUGUGCCCAGAUCCGGAAGAUCCGAACGCUGCAGCGGCAGGAACAGGGACAGCAAGCAGUGCCAGUACCGACGAUGUCCAGGUAGUCAAGGAGAGCCCGCCAGCCAAGAGCGUAGACCUGGGCUUAGAGAAGCCCAAAGUCAUCAUGAAGCUGCAGGCUGAGUUGAACACAGUGGCUGCGAGCUUGCGCCAGUCGGGUGAGAAGGCUUUCCAACAUUGGAAGACUCUCCCAAACCGCGCUUCGCAGGACUGGCGAGGGGAUAUCAGCAUAGUUUUCCAGCGCUUGGGAAGGGCUUUUUGUUUCAUUUCUUUGGCAGUUCCUCGUUUGCUGCGGUGGCUGCGCAGAGACGAGUCCCUAACAGCAGUGACGGUCCACCUGGACUUUCGGCUCCAGUGCUUUGCGGCGAUCUGCGACUACGAUGAGAAGGCCAUGACCAUCAUGAAGGAACUGCUUCCUGGCACGACAGAGAAGAUAGAGAUCAGCGAGCUUCUGAAAGCAAAGCCUUCCAUGCUUCCUGUGCCUGAGACCAUGUGCGGAGACCUGACGAACCUCACCAAGGCCAUGGAAAGCUUCCAACUCAUCAAGAACGUCACCACAGUUGCCGAGCUGGAGCUUGCCAAAGAGGCCUGGGCCUCUGCCAAGUCUGCUUUGAAGACCUUCGACAAAGGUUUGGCGCAGGCUGCCAGGGACAGCAAGUCCUUCAUCGCACAGAAGCAGAGGGACAGCCAGCGCCAGAAGAAGGCCGACGAGAGGAAGAAGGAACAGGAGACCGUGGAACAGUUCAAGCAGCAAGGUGAUGAGCGAGCCCGAAAGCUCCUUGAGUCGCGCAAGGUCAGUGCCAAGCCCGUGUUCAAGACCGCGCAGUUCUUGUACGAGAAGGUGAUGCAAAAAUCUGCCUCAGACCUUGCCGGUGUGACGCUCAAGGAGUUUGUGCAGCACGAUGCUGUCGGCCACUUGGCCGAUAUGGACUUGCCAUGGGUUGCUUCGGAGAAGAAGCACGACAAGUUGGCCAAGUGGGUUGCCGAUGCUGUCAUCCAGAAGAGCACAGAGGCCUGGGCCUUGAAGUACAAGACCUUGCCGGAUUACGCGCAGAAGGGAAGGUGUUCGGCUGCGCUGGAGUCCAAGCACGGGCAUGAGCAGUGUGAGGAUAUGUUCUCAGGGUUUGUUCCUGUCCUUGCCGACUUCAGUUCCAUGGGUGGCAGCGCUGACUUCAUGAAGACCAACUUCCUGGCCGGCUACGAUCCGAAGAUGUGUUUCGCCGGUCUGCAAGCGAAUGGAGCCACGACGUUGAAAGCUGGCCUCAUUGGGGAGGUGCUCCACAUGGUCAUGCCGCUGGCAGGUUUGAUUGCUGCGAUGGAGAAGGCCUCCCUUUUGAAGGCGGACACGGUGCUGCCCAGUCCCGAGGCAUUCUGUGAGCUUGUGGAGGCCUUGGACUUGAAGGCCGUCACCGAGCUUUGCAGGCAUGGCCUGGAGAUUUACUAUCACAAGCAGUUGCCAGGCGAGCUGCUCUGCGUUCCCAUGGGCUGGUUUUGCAUAGAAAUCUCAAUGAACGGCUUGGUGGUGGUCUGCAUCCGCAAGGGCAUCUUCCCGCAAAAGGCAAGCGAAAAGAGUUUGGACCAGUACAAGAGCUUGAAGGAUCUGUUCAAGCGCUGUGGCAAGAAGGUCGAGCGCUACGAUCAAGCGAUUGCACUCAUGACGCCAAAGAGUGACAACUGA